CCAAUCGCAUUUGACAGAAGAAAUUCACAAAGCAAGCAAAGCAAACAAGUUCUGUGUUAUUUCUCUAUUUGUGUUGCUUUUGAAUAAGUAAUAAAUGGUCACGUUUUAAUGCACCAUUUUAGAAAUUAACGUAUUCGAGAAAAAUUACAGUUGUCAAUCAUGGCUGAUUCGGGAGUGGAUACCAGCAAUGAAAGUAGCGACAACCCAAUUUUCGACCAUUCGCAGUGUGUGUUGGAAUUUAAUCCUCGAGCAAUACCCAUCAAUCUCGCGGGGCAGCCCAUGCCCGUGGAGUUCUUAAGUGAACCUAAUCCACACGAUCACAUCGGUAAAAUCAAGUGUUCUACGAAAGGGAGACACUGCAGACUUAAGUAUCGUUACGGUGGGACAAUCUGCUCGUCUAGAAAUCAGAAACUUCGUUUCGCCGCCUCCACAAACAAUACAGAGCUCGUAGAGAAGUUGUUGCUGUUAGGGGCUGAUCCUAAUUCGUCAGAUGAGUUCAAAAGGAGCCCACUGCACCUGUCUUCGUGCCGCGGCUACGUGGACGUGGUAAGAACUUUGUUAAAACACGGCGCUAACCCGAAUAUCAAGGAUACCCUGGGCAACACCCCUCUCCAUCUCGCAGUUUGUAUGAAUCAUGUAAAAGUAGUGAUAGAAUUGCUGGACGCAGGCACUGAUGUGAGCUCACAUGAUAAUAACGGGCGAAACCCUAUUCAACUUGCACAGAGCAAGCUUAAGCUAAUCCAAAUGCGUCCUAGUGUCGCAGGGCACUUUGAGGAAACCAGGCAAUUGAUUGCUGACAUCUGUUUGGUAGUAGAAAUGAUGUUAAAGUUCAUGAGGAUGCAGAAAGCUGAUCCUGGCGAGCUGGAGUCUGUGCGGGAGAGAUUAGAGCGUGUCAGCACUCGGGAACAAGUGGACUGUGAAGUCCAGAAUCUACUUGACAGUCUAGACUCUUUGAAGCUCAGAUAAACGCAAAUUGCUUUACAGAAUAAGAAUGAAGACUGCUUACAAAUUAAUGGUAACUACUGCCUAACAUGAGCUCACAAUUUUACAGUAAAAUAGUGUGACUAAUGAUGUUAAAUAAUGUAUUGACAAAUGUAUGAGAUCCAACUGUAACAAACUUACAUAAACUGUAUUGAAUUUUUUUGAUCUCUACACUUAUUUUAGUAUCUCACCAUUGCUAAAAGUCUGAAUAUUUGGACAUACAUUUGCAUACAUUGGUUAAUUUUAUUUUGAUUUCAUGAAUAUGCACACACUCAAAGAUAUCUUAACAUCCAGUAUAUUUGCUAAUUUUAAUUGGUGUUAAGAUAUUUUAGUAAUGGAAUAAGAUAGUUAUAUUUACAGCUUACUGUAUAUCUAAAUCAUGGUGAAAUUCCACAUCAGUUGUAACAUGCUGCAUGCAUUCUACAUGUAGCUAUACAAUACAACAUCGGAGGCAACUUUCACUAAGAGUUAGUUCCAUCAGCUUUGGGGCAUCCCAAAUACACAAUGACUUCUCAUUGUAAAAACUUCCCACAAUGAUCAAUAGAUAAGUUAAGCAUAACUUACUUGCUAUAUAAAUUAUUUACUUACUGUUAGGCCUUACUUACUUUUGUAAGUCUUACUACUGUAGGUUUCAACUCCAACUUGUUGGAAUGAGAGAUGAAUUAUGUCCUGAAAUUUACCAUUGGGCAAACAGUAGUGGUUCUUUGGCUUAUUUUUUUUUAAACAUGCAAAAUUCGGUACUUUGUGUGAAAAUAGGUGGAAAUCUACUAAUGAUCUGGUGGACAGUCCACCACUGAGGGCCUAACAUGACCAUCGAAAAUCUUAAUUUCGUUAUCUGCCUCUAUCACUCUUGCAUAUUCAAACAUAUUGAGGCAAAUAAUAAAAAAAAAAUAAUGUUUGCAGUAGGCCUUUUGGUCCCUUUAGUAAAACUUACAAAUGUCAGUCUGACCUUAGGAUAACAAUUAUAAUUAUGUGUAACUUUUAAGUAAUAAAGUUUUAAGAAAUGCUACAAAUUGAGGUGAAGAUGACUAUUUAUAAAUAUGAUUACUUUUUAUUUGUACACUAGUAUAGUCAAUUUUCGGAUGAAUUUAAAUAACAUAAUGUUAUUUUAUAUUAUAGUUAUUUUAAUCGUAAAUAAAAUUUGUUAAUAGAUAAAUACAUCAUAAUAAUAAAGUUUUUGAAUUUAUUGAAAUGAAAAA